AUUUAUUCGAAUCUCAGUCAUAAUCUUAAAUGCUGGGAACCUCGGAGGUUGAGGAAGUCCGGCCAUGGCGACGAUCUCUCAUAUACCUUUCUCACUCUCCUUCCCGUCUUCCCAUGAUCGGAAACCGUUGUUCUACUAUCAUCGUCAUCAGCAACCGCAACUUUUUGUUUCCUACUUGAAUUCAACGAAGAAGAACGAUUUCGUCUGUUUCGCUUGUUCCAUCAAACAAACCAGAGUUCGUAAGAGAGUGAAGAGCAACGAGGAGCUUAGGAGUGAGAUUAUGGAGUUCGUUGCUUUGGCUGGUCUUCCUCGAGGUCACGUGCCGUCCAUGAAGGAGCUCUCGGGUCAUGGAAGAGUUGAUCUUGCGAACGUUGUCAGACGAAGAGGAUAUAAGUUCAUCAAGGAACUUCUUGCAAACUCUGAUAUUGAAGACUGUAAAGAGCUAAUAGUCUCUGAGCAAAACACGAUCAUGGAAACAAGUGCAAGUGGCGUUUGUUUCCAAGAUUCGUUAACAGGUCAGGGAGAAGAAGCACUGGAUCUGGUUGACGGGAAUUUGUCUUCAAGCAGUGGAGUAUACUCUACUGCAGCAGAUGGCAGUAUGUCUCUUGAUCAGAAAAUAGUUAAUUUUCAAGAAGAAGAAUAUGGAAGUGUGAGUAAAGAUGAAUCUUCGUUGGCUGGAGAAACCUCAGAAAACAGUUUGAAGAUUGAGAGCGUGGAGCUCAAUAACAGAGCUGACAUUGGAAACUCAUCUCCCCAAGCUUCCAUUUCUGCAAACCAUUCUCUACUUUUUGAUGAUACUUCAAGCUCUUCUGAGAGAGAAGCUGACAAUGUUUCGGUGACAAAGGAUGAGGAUGUCGAUGAUGUGGAAGAAUCUUUAUCUCUCACCUAUGAUCAUUACACCAGUCCAGAUCUCAAUUAUACCAACUAUGUUGACAUUGCUACUAAAUCCUUGUCUGGUUUCACCCCAGAGAACACCAUGUCAAAUGCAGAGAAUUUUCAUGGUAUGGCUGAAAAUUGUUCUGGUAGUGCUGAUGAUAGUUUAGUUGAGUCUGAAGAUAAGGAUGGGAUGUUGAGACUUUCUUCUUCCACUUCAAGCAUUGAAGAAAAAACAACCAGAUUUAUCCAAAAUGGAUGCUUGGAUACAGUUGAUGAUGAUGAAAAUGACACACCUACUGAGAGCUGUCCUGAAGAAAGUAAAGAAAGUGCAAAAACAACCCAAGGUCGUGAGUACAUAGGAGACAGUCAUGGUGGUCAGAGAAGCGUGAGUGCGGCACCAAAUGGAAGUGCUGUGGCAUUGGAGGAGGUUACCUAUGCUACAGAAGUUAAUAGCUCUAACAGUGAACAGAGAGGUGGGAAUGCUGAACAGGACAAGGAUUCACAUGAUGAGACCACGGCGCGGGAAAAUCAGGUUGAAAUUACUCGGCUGAGAUUCAUGCUGCGUCAGAAAGAGCUGGAGCUGACAAGGUUGAAGGAGCAGAUUGAAAAGGAAAAACUGUCUCUUUCGGUUCUUCAAAGACAGGCUGAGACAGAGAUCCAAAAGGCCCAAAUGCUUGUCUCCGAGAAGGAUGUUGAAUUGCAAGAAGCGGAGGAAAGUCUCUCCGGGUUGCAAGAGGUUGAGAUUGAAUAUUGCGGAGAUGGCAAUGUUGUGGAAGUGACAGGGAGCUUCAAUGGCUGGGAACACCGAGUGGGACUGGAACUUAAAGCAUCCAAGUCAAUCGGUAAACAGAAAUGCUGGUCAACAUUAUUGUGGUUAUAUCCCGGUACGUACGAGAUUAAGUUCAUCGUGGACGGCCAAUGGACAACGGACCCUCAAAGACAUUCGGUUACAAGAGGACACAUCAGAAACAACAUUCUCAAAGUUGACAGAUGAGGGAUCUCUUGGGUCUUGCUCUUUACCGUCAUAGAGUUGAAUCCAAUCGAGAACAUGUAUGCAUUUGAAAGCGUUAUUUGAAAGUGUUACUAAAAUCUCUGGUGUCUCAAGGCUUAGGGGUAGACUCUGUAAUUUACAAAAUUACGAAAUUGAUAAAGCAAUAUAAUUGUGCCUUGUAAAAAUCAGAACACAGAGAAAAAGAAUUAGGGUCAAAUUUCUGAAUCAAUACUCUCAGAAUGCAACAUAUUUAAUCAUGCUUAAACAGUUCAUGACAAAGUGUA